AUGGAUUCUUAUCAUCGUCGUCAUACUAUUUCCCUUCCUUUGGAUAAGGAAUUAGAAGCAGAGUGGACUGACAAUGGGGAAGCGUUGCUCCAGCCUCGUCCUCUCAAGGCAUCUUGGGCUUUGUUGCUUGCCAGGCUAUCAGAAACACAAACGACAACAUUUGCAGUGCUAGAAGAACUGGUAGCUUCUCCAAGGGAUGCGUGUUCGAGAUUAGUGGCUUCACCGCCCCAUUUAGAGACCUGGGAGAUAUCAGACAAUCCGGAUAGUCUCUUGGUGGAUGCAGCGAAGGAAACGCAAAGAGAGCCCCUUUCAGGCACACAUGCCUCGACGGCUGUGGUCAUCAAAUGGCAUGAUGAACCAAACGGUCCGAUGUCUUUGCCCUGUGAAUUCAAUACGAUCAUUGUUUUGGACUGCAGUAUAUCACCCGUUCAAGUAUCCAUGGAAUACUCAAGGACAUCUCUCACAGUGAACCAAGCCUGGUCACAAUUAACGGCUAUGGUUCACAUUCUGGGGCAAAUUGUUAUGAGGCCAGGGCUAUCCCUCCGAGGGGUAGAUUUCCUGGGCUGGUAUAGCUCCAGAUUGAUCCGGCAAUGGAACAACCCGUAUUCCCUCGCACGACCACAGGUGUGCAUUCAUACCUUGGUCCUAGAGCAUUGUCAGAGCCAACCAAAUGCCGAGGCCCUGUGUGCCUGGGAUGGUUCCAUCACAUAUGCAGAGCUUGAUCAAUUUUCACUCGCAGUCGCACUCAAGCUGCUGUCACUAGGUGUUCACCCAGAGUCAGUGGUGCCGCUCUACUUCGAAAAGUCACGCUGGACGGUGGUCGCCAUGCUGGGAGUGCUGAGAGCGGGAGGUGCAUUCGUGCUUCUCGAUCCCUCGCACCCUAUGGCUCGUCUGGCAGAGAUUUGCUCGGAGGUGCAAGCAACAGUUGCCAUCGCCUCAGAGUCAUUGCAGGAACUAGGUCGGCAUCUGGGUCCUGGAGUUAUCACGGUCCUCGACGCAACCAAGAGCCAAGUUGAUACAGGCAAAAGCGCCUUUAGCAUAUCUGUCAAGCCUUCAAACGCCGCAUACGUCGCCUUUACUUCAGGGUCCACUGGAAAGCCCAAAGGGAUCGUGAUUGAACAUCAGUGCUUCGUUGCAAAUACAUUGGCCCAGAGCGCAGUUCAGAAUAUCGAUAGCCAGACACGGGCGUUUCAGUUUGCCUCCUAUGGGUUUGAUAGCAGCAUUCUUGAGACACUCAUGACUUUGGUGGCGGGUGGUUGCGUCUGUAUACCCUCAGAGAAACAGAGGCUGAACGGCCUGGCAGAUGCCAUCCGUGGGCUACGAGCCAACUGGCUCGAGUUGACGCCAUCUGUCGCACGGUUCAUCAAUCCUGAAGAGGUACCGGACGUGCGGUCUAUCUUGCUUGUCGGUGAGCCCAUGUCUCAAGACCACAUCACACAAUGGUCGGAGUCGGGGCAGAUCCAACUCCUCAACGCAUAUGGCCCCGCCGAGUGCAGUGUGGUGUCCACUGUGCAGCCCCAUGUGCAACUGGAAGAUCCCCAAAAUAUCGGCCGUUCAUAUAGCAGUCACUGUUGGGUCGCGAACCCUCAAGAUCAUGAUCAGCUUGAGCCCCUGGGUGCGGUGGGGGAGUUACUCAUCAGCGGACCAAUCGUGGCCCGAGGCUAUCUCAACCAACCCCACCAGAAGUCUUUCAUCUCUAACCCUCGUUGGGCGAAGCGAUUCGGAAUUCCUUCAGGUGAACGCGUUUACAAAACUGGAGAUCUUGUGCGAUAUAACCUCGACGAUGGCACGCUGCGAUAUGUUGGGCGUAAAGACCGGGAGGUGAAAAUCCACGGCCAACGCGUCGACCUACAGGAAAUCGAACAUCAUGCCUCCCAGUUUCAGAACGGAAUACUUGCGGUGGCCGAUGUAAUUCAAGUAAAUGGUAACAGCGCAGGGAAGCUCCUUGCAUUGUUUAUUGCUGCAGAUAAUGGUGGGACGCGCAUGACGAUGGAAAGCUUCGUUGUGCCCAUGAAUGACACCCUCCUCAAUUUGGUGGCCGACAUCAAACACUGGCUCAGUGACUGUCUACCGCCGUAUAUGAUCCCAACCAAAUAUAUAUUCGUCAAUCGCUUACCCCUCACAAGAACCGGCAAACUCGAUCGACGGGCUUUGGUCGAUCUUGGAGCAGCAUCCAGUCACUCGCCGAGCGGACGAUACCCAUCACAUCAGCGUGAUAAAGAACCUGUCGAGCUAGACCCGGAGCUUUUCAUCAAGGAAAGUAUCUUGUGCUCGGUUUUCGCCGAGGUGUUGGGGUGCCUGGAAACAGACAUCAAUGAACAAGACGGUUUCUACGACAUGGGAGGGAAUUCAUUAGCUGCCAUAGAGCUGGUAGCCUGUUCACGCAAGCGUGGUCUGGAAAUCACGGUGGCGGAUGUCAUCCGUCUUCAGAAUCCGCGAGCGAUUGCGCGAUGUACUGUCGGAAGCAAAGAGGUUCGCGAGAUCUCGCCAUUCUCUCUUCUCGCGGAUACCGACCAGAGUCUGUCCGCCGCGACCGCUCAGUGCGGCAUUGACAGCGGGAUGAUUGAAGACGUUUACCCUUGUACCCCUCUACAAGAAGGCCUCAUGCAUCUUUCUAUCAAGAAUCCGGGAGCUUUCAUGGGCACAUACCAGUUCUCCUUGGCUCCUUCUACGAACCUUCAUCGGAUCUGGGCUGCCUGGGAACAGCUUUGGCUCGUACAUCCCAUCCUCCGAACACGCAUCAUCCAACUUCAGGAUGGCCAAAAGCUUCAAGUAGUCACCAAACACAAUACCUCAUGCAAAGAUAUUUCAGCCAUGUAUGAUGGCCAGCCCAUGAACUUGGGGACUCCCCUUGCGCGUGUGACAUUCCAUCCUGCACAAACUUCCAGCGGAUUGGACUCUGGCACAUUCCUGCUGACCAUGCACCACGCUCUUUUUGAUGGAUGGUCAUAUCUGCAGCUGCUCGAGGAUCUUCAGGUGAUUUACAGCGGUGAGAGACUGCCACCACGCCCUGCCUUCAAUCAUGUCAUUGACUACAUCUCCAAGUUGAGCAUUGAGGAAGGUCACUCUUUUUGGAGUCAAGAGUUCAAUGAUUUCCAAGCAACAAUGUUCCCUGUCUCUCCCCGGCGGCCAUCUGUCGAACCGCAUUGGCAAGUCAGAAGCCAGCAAAUUGCCCUGACUAAGUCAGAUACGAACUGGACUCUCGCCAAUAAGAUCAAAUUAGCAUGGGCUCUUGUGAUCUCUUCCCAGACUCAUUCAAAUGAUGUGGUAUACGGCUUGACAGUCUCGGGCCGAAAUGCCCCAGUUCCAGAGAUCAAUCGUAUUGCCGGGCCAACUUUCGCAACAUUCCCCUUCCGCACGCAGUUUGAUGACGAUGUAUCGGUGGAAAAUAUGCUGAUCCAAAUGCGACAGCACGACGUCUCCAUCAUGCCAUUUGAACAUAUUGGUCUCGAGCGUAUCGCGGAGUCAAGCUCAGACGCGGCCCUAGCUUGUGGAUUCCAGAAUCUUCUCACCAUUAGAUUACAAUCUCUUCAGAUUACUCCGGGCGCCUUGGUUAGCUUACCGGAGAACGAAGACCAUGACCUGAAAUUUGCGUCGUAUCCCCUGUCAAUCGUGGUCCAACAGGAAGGAGAAUCCCUGGAGAUCAAGGCCGUCUUUAAUAGUUACAUUCUGGGCCCUGGCAGGGCUGAGGCCCUCUUAGAGCAGUUUGACACCUUGUUGCAACGAAUUCUCCGGGAGGCCGGGGCAACAAUGAAAGACCUGAGAAGUCAGCUUUCUCCCGAGUGGCAGCAAUUAGCGGCGAUUAACAGAAAGAGUUGUCCCCGCCUACAUUGCCUACACGAUAUCAUCCAGGGCUUCGGCGUUACCCAGCCAAAUUCAGAGGCCGUCUGCGCAUGGGAUGGCUCGCUCACAUAUGAAGAACUUAUCGCUUUAGCUCGGAGAUUAGCAGGCCAUCUCCAGUCUUUCGGGUCCGGGUCGGAACCCGGUGCAGUGAUUGGGAUUUGCGUGGAAAGAUCAAAAUGGUUCCCCGUUGCCAUAUUGGGCGUCAUGAUGUCUGGAGCUGCCAUGGUUUUGUUAGAACCCAGCUUCCCCACACAGCGUUUGCAGCAUAUCUUGCGAGACGCUGGGGCACGAACGAUGAUAUGCUCUUCGGUAUUCCAAGAGAAUUGCACGGGUUUGGUCGAUGAUAUAUUAGUUCUGACUCCCGAUAUCUUGACCCAAGCGGACUAUGAUGCUUGGACUUCGUCAAAGGUAUCUCAUCAAGAUCCAAUGUAUGUUGCUUUUACAUCCGGAUCGACAGGUACCCCGAAGGGUGUUGUGAUCGAGCAUGGCAUGGUAUGUUCGAUGCUCGAGGCACAUAAGGACCUCAUCGGCGCAUCAAUUGCCUCCAGGGGCUUGCUUUUUGCCUCGCCCGCGUUUGAUAUUUGCCUUGCUGAGAUUGUACUUCUCCUCGGCGCGGGGGGCUGCGUCUGUGUGCCUUCCGAAACUCAACGCAUGAACAGCUUGGCGAAAACGAUGACAAGCAUGCGAGUCAACAUAGCCAUGCUGACCCCUUCAGUGGCGCGAACUCUAUCACCAGCCGCGGUCCCUUAUCUCCAAACCCUAAUCCUUGGAGGGGAGCCACCUUCAGCCUCUGAUCUGGCGACCUGGGCUUCACGCGUCCGGCUGCAUCAAUCAUAUGGGCCAGCUGAGUGCGCUAUGUAUACGACCACCACAGCUCCAUUGACUCUCACCUCCGAUUUGGGCAACGUCGGGUCUUCUCCAAACGCAUCUUGCUGGAUUGUUGACCCAGACAACCAUGAUGAGCUUCAGCCUGUGGGCUCGGAAGGAGAACUUUUGAUCGGCGGGCCGAUUGUUGGAAGAGGGUAUAUCAACCGAGCCCAGGAGUCUGCAGCGGCCUUCAUUCGUGAUCCUAUCUGGAGCGCGAAUUUCCCCUUCUUGCGAGGAGGCCGACUUUACAAGACUGGAGAUCUCGCUGUCUUGAAUGCAGACGGGUCUUUGACUUUGGUCGGCCGAAAGGAUACACAGGUGAAGCUCAAUGGGCAGCGGAUUGAGCUGCACGAGAUUGAGCAUUGUGCCGAGAGAUACCAACAUGGUACCGCGGUCAUUGCGGAAUUGAUAAAGCCUGCCGGUAUCCAGAGACCCAGACUUACCAUGUUCGUCUAUGAUCCUGCCACGGUUGAAACAACUGUCGGCAUCAACUCUGAUUACCAUGACCACCGAGAAGUGUUCUCGCCGUCCAGACAAAAUCAAGCUUACCUUGAAGGUGUAAAACAUCAUCUCAACCAACACCUUCCACCGUAUAUGAUACCGUCCUUUUUCCUUUCGCUAUCUCGUCUGCCACUUAGCCCAAGUGGUAAGGCCGACCGCAAGACACUACGCCAGAUUGCAUCAAAGAUGGAAAAAGAGACAUUGGAGAUGUAUCUAGACAUUCCGGUGGCAGAGAAAAGGGAGCCAGUCACAGAGCAAGAGCGAUUCGUCCGUGCAAGCUUUGCCACAGCCCUGUCAUUAAAUGAGGAGGCCAUUGGAAUGGAUGAUAACUUCUUCGCUCUGGGCGGCGAUUCCAUCACUGCUAUGCGGGUUCUCACCUUGUGUCGGAGAAGCAACAUGGCCAUCUCGAUGCAGGAUUUCCUCUCAAAGAACACUGUAUCCUUGUUUUGCACACAUGUCAUUGUGGUUCAGGGCCAGACCGUUGAUUCCAAACGCCAGAAACUCCCGAGUUCACAAGACUUGAUUCGAGGGGGAGAUCAUGUCGUCCAGUCGGAGGACCUCGAUUACCAACUGGAUAUGGUUCGAGCUCAGUUAAAUUUGUUAAAAUCGGAUUCUAUCGAGGAUAUCUACCCCUGCUCUGAUGCCCACAGCGGUGUGUUGGAGCUCUAUACGUCCAACUACACAAGCACUGCAAUUUUCGAGAUUACUCCCACGGGAUCAGUGACCACGAUGCAGGUGAGCAAAGCUUGGAGUCAACUAGUCCACCGUCAUGUCGCCCUGCGAACGGUUCUCAUGAAAGACCCGAAGGUUCACGCAGAUUAUCUCCAUGUGGUCCUGGACAAGGGACCAGCUCAAAUUCUUGUUCUUCCUCCCAGCAAGAAUGCGCUUUUAGAAUUGAAAAGUCUCGAACCAGUCCAAUCAUGGGGCCUGUCAGCACCACACCGGUUAAUCAUCAGUCAGGACCAUUCUGGGGUGGUCUUCAUGAGGCUGGAAAUGGGAUGUGCCUUGGUUGACGCGUUUUCCAUGACCGUUCUACUAGAAGAGCUUUCUCUCGUCCUACUGGGUCACCCCUUGCCUGAGAAAGGCGUCUCGUAUCGUCAAUAUCUGACCCAUCUGCGCAGCCAGUCAUCUGCAGAAACUCUGCAAUACUGGACACAGGCGCUUUAUGGAGUUUACCCUUCCCACUUGCCCAGACUCCCUGCCACGCAGUCUCCCCUACCUGAACCUCGCUCGAAGAGCCGCUGCCUGCCAUCCGCGCAAUCAAAGUGUCUAGACUCCUUCUGGCGCUCCAAUCAUCUCACCAUCACCAACGUUUUCCAACUGGCAUGGGCUUUAACACUCACGCACUACACCAAUUCCCACGACGUGUGCUUCGGAACCAUCACCUCGGGGCGUGAUACCCCCCACCUUGAAGUGUGGAAUAUUGUUGGAUCAUUUUUCAACGUUCUUCCGUGUCGAAUUGCGAUUGAUCCCACACGCACGGUGCUAGACACUCUCCGACAGAACCAGGAGGAUAUUCAGCGUCGAAAUGACCAUCAGUACUGCUCCGUGCCAGAAAUAAUCCGCAAAUCUGGAAUAAGGGGCUUAGACGAUGACCAGCAGCUGUUUAACACGGUUCUCACAGUGCAGAACCCUUUCUUGACACAAUCAUCUCCUGCGAAAGAUGGCAGCAAUGAGAUCGAUAUCAAACUCAUCGAUUUGGAGGAUGCAACUGAGUAUGACCUUUGCGUCGCUAUUCUUCCCUCACCUUCCCACUUCAAGGUGGAACUACGCUACUGGUCGACCACUGUAUCUGAGGAAUAUGCUUCGGAUAUUCUGGAUCGCCUUUUCAACCAGCUGGAACAGAUUGUCCAACAUGAAACCAAGCCAUUGAGUUUCAUCACCAGCAUUGGAUGA